AAAGAGUGGUCAAUUUGAAGACAGAGGGAACAAAUGGAGUCUUGUCAUUAUUAUAUGCUGUCUCUGACGCUUAUGCAUGUGACUUUCUCUGUCCCUGCAGUCAGUUGAAGAUAUAAAGAGAGAACGGAGAGAGUGUAAUUAAUAGCAAGCCAGAAAGAGAGAAAGAGAAAGGAAGCAUGGGAAGAGGGAGGGUGGUUCUGGAGAGAAUACAGAACAAGAUCAAUCGCCAAGUAACCUUCUCAAAGCGCAGGAGUGGUUUGCUGAAGAAAGCCUUCGAGCUAUCUGUCCUAUGCGAUGCUGAAAUCGCUCUUAUCAUCUUCUCUAGCCGUGGCAAGCUUUUUCAGUACAGUAGCACUGACAUGAACAGAAUAAUUGAGAAGUAUCGUCAAUGUUGCUUCAACAUGUCUAAAACUGGCGACUUAGUUGAACAUCAGUCACAGAGCUUAUACGAGGAGCUUUCGAUAUUAAGAGUCAAGCAUGAAGCUCUUGAGCGGACACAAAGGAAUUUUCUAGGAGAAGAACUUGAGCCACUUAGCAUGAAACAAUUGCAGAGUCUAGAGAAACAACUGGACAAAACGCUUGCACAAGCUCGACAGCACCAUAUGCAGAAGCUGAUGGCACGAGUUAACGAAUUACGCGAAACGGUGCACAACCUGGAGGAAGUUAACAAACAAUUGGAAUCCAAGGUUUUUCCUUUAAAUAAUCAUGAAAAAGAUAAAUGCACCCAGAUUUGUGAAGAUUCUACUGAUUCGACCCCAUUCGUCUACAAUAACAAUCAUAUUGGGUUGCACGAUGCACAAGCCAAUCAAUUUGAAUCUGGGACAACCAUACAAUUACAAACAGACUGGUUUCGGCACCAGCAAGCUGCUUCAAAAGGAAAAACAAUAGACACAAGAACUGAGCGAGGCCAAAGCAGUCAUAACAAGGACAAUGGAUGGCUGUUUUGAAUAUUCAUAUACUUAUUGCUCAUGAUCGUGUGUGUAUCCAUCAAAUAUAUAGUUCUUAGUCUCAAAAAUAUUGUUGUGUGCCCAUUGAUGACGCUCAGAAUUAGUCCUUUGAUUUACAACAGGGAAGUGCUUUUUUUGUCAUCAGGUCAAUAUGUGGCUUCAAUUGCACU